AAUUACUUUCUUGCCUUGCCUCUCCACUCCGGGGUUUGGCACCCACACCCCGCCCAGAGCGCUGCCGCUGCCCAGAUUCUCACAAGCGGCUCCUGCCCUGGCCACUGAGGGUGGAGACCGGCCCGUGCGCGCCGGUGUCCGUCGGUCCCUCUGUCUGGCAGUCUGUGGGCGCCACCGCGCGCUCCUGCCCCACCUGCAGAGCCCAGAGCCCAGCAUGCGCCCCCCAGGCUUCCGGGAUUUUUGGCUGCUGCUGCCGCCGCUCCUCGUGGCCGGGCUGUGUGCUGUGCCGCCACCCAGCUUCUCGCCCUCUCUCAGGAGCUGGUCGGGCGCCCCCUGCAGGCUGUCCCGGGCGGAGUCCGAGCGCCGGUGCCGCGCACCCGGGCAGCCCCCGGGCAGUGCGUUGUGCCAUGGCCGUGGCCGCUGCGACUGCGGCGUCUGCAUCUGCCACGUGACCGAGCCAGGCACUUACUUCGGGCCACUGUGCGAGUGCCACGAGUGGGUGUGCGAGACCUACGACGGCAACACCUGCGCAGGCCAUGGGACUUGUGACUGCGGCAAGUGCAAAUGUGACCCAGGAUGGUCUGGGGAUGCCUGCCAGUACCCAACCAACUGUAACCUCACGAAGAAAAAGAGCAACCAAAUGUGCAAGAAUUCUCAAGACAUCAUCUGCUCCAAUGCAGGUACAUGUCACUGUGGCAGAUGUAAGUGUGAUGAUUCAGAUGGAAAUGGUCUUGUUUAUGGUAAAUUUUGUGAAUGUGAUGAUAGAGAAUGCAUAGAUGAUGAAACAGAAGAAAUAUGUGGAGGCCAUGGGAAGUGUUACUGUGGAAACUGUUACUGCGAGGCUGGUUGGCAUGGAGAUAAAUGUGAAUUCCAGUGCGACAUUACCCCCUGGGAAAGCAAGCGAAAAUGCACGUCUCCAGAUGGCGAAAUCUGCAGCAACAGAGGGACCUGCGUGUGUGGUGAAUGUUCUUGCCAUGAUGUUGAUCCAACGGGAGACUGGGGAGACAUUCAUGGGGAUACCUGUGAGUGUGAUGAAAGAGACUGCAGAUCUGUUUAUGAUCGAUACUCUGAUGACUUCUGCUCAGGUCAUGGGCAGUGUAACUGUGGGAGAUGCGACUGUAAAGCGGGCUGGUAUGGAAAGAAGUGUGAACACCCUCGCUCCUGCCCACUGUCCGCUGAGGAAAGCUUCAAGAAGUGCCAGGGCAGCUCAGCCCUGCCCUGCUCCGGAAGGGGCAAAUGUGAGUGUGGUAAGUGCACCUGCUACCCGCCCGGGGACCACAGGGUCUAUGGCAAGACCUGCGAGUGUGACAAUCGCCGCUGUGAGGACCUCGACGGUGUGGUGUGUGGAGGUCACGGCACAUGUUCCUGUGGCCGCUGCGUUUGUGAGCAAGGAUGGUUUGGUGAACUCUGCCAGCACCCGCGGAAAUGUAACAUGACGGAGGAGCAAAGCAAGAGCCUGUGUGAGUCAGCAGACAGCAUACUGUGCUCGGGGAAGGGUUCUUGUCACUGUGGAAAGUGCAUUUGUUCUGCCGAGGAGUGGUAUAUUUCUGGGGAAUUCUGCGACUGUGAUGACAGAGACUGCGACAAACAUGAUGGUCUCAUUUGCACAGGGAAUGGAAUAUGUAACUGUGGCAACUGUGAAUGCUGGGAUGGCUGGAAUGGAAAUGCAUGUGAAAUCUGGCUUGGCACAGAAUACCCUUAAUAAUUCCAUGGGAGAGGACUGGAUUCUUAUCUUUUUAGAGUAUUAGAACAUAUAAAUACAAAGAAAAUCGUUUAUAAUCCACACUAGGACCAAUUUAACAGACUAUUGUAUGUUUUUCUAUUUCUGACUUUCUGAAUGAAACCUGGGUACCCACUUAAGAUGACUUCAGAUAACUCUGGUAUAAAUAGCACUAGAUAGAACCAUUCUUUCAAUUAACAGCAGCAGCUCCUGAUGGGAACAGUAUUGCCAUGUAGAAGACAUCAGCCAUGGCUAUAGACAGUGAUGAUUUUCAUACUGGGUGAGGGUGUGCUUUGGGUAUCUGACAGAUAGAGGUCAAAGAUGGUGCUAAACACCCUACAGUGCACAAGACUGCCAUGCAGCAAAGAAUUUUCUGGAUCCAAAUGUCUCAUAGUACUGAAGUUGAGAAGCCUGAAUAGCAUAAAUUUUAGAAAGCUACAUUGAUGACAAUGAUCAUGUUACAAUCUAAGGAAAAGAUUCAUUCUCAUGUAAAUCCAUCAAUCAGAUUUUUGUAGGACUUCUUAUCACUCAGCAUGUCCAAGUGGGUCAAUGAACAGAAACAUAUAAGGUAUACUGUUGGUUAGAGCAUAAGCAGAUCUCAAAUGCUUCCUAAGUGGGGGAAAAACUUGUUCAUAUAUCAAGUGAGUCAUUGGCUAUCUCCCCUUAAACUCAAAAAAGACGAUUCUCUUAAGAUAAAGGAAGAAAUUAUGAAAAAUGUACAAUUUAACUUUUUAAAUAAAUAAUGAUGUAAGUCGUUUA